CAAGCAGCAGCAGAGGAGAAAGAGACGACCCAGCAGCUAACGACAGGGGACCUCAGCUCUGAGACUCUGAGGAGAAGGAGGACUGUGGCUGGCCAGCUCAAACAAGUUGAGAGACGGAACGCAGAGGAGAACCACAAGACGACUCAACUCGGUCGAGUCAACACGUCCGCCAACCAAACGCCAGUUCACUUCGCCAGUUUUCUUUUUGCCCGUUGUUCGCCCAGCUUUUUUUGAAAAGAUUCCGAUAUCUCGUUUUGACUUUGGUUUUGACUCUCCUCCGUGUCAGUUUUUGUUUGUGUUAGUGCGAAAAGGGAGAAACAAUUUUUGGUCUCUACACCCCGGCCCGUCUCUAGUUACACACGACCGACAUCUGUUUUUGUUCACUCUCUCUGUGUGUUGUGUGUAUUAUUUGAACUGCAACAUCUUUCGGCUCGGACGGGCCCCUUAGAAUUCGGUGACUGGCCCGAAACAACAACCCCCCAAAAAAGGAUUAUUUGACACCUCCUCUCGACUGGCAGCACUCGAAGAAUAAGAGACAACUACUCAGCAUUUGACAAAAGAGCUCAAUUAGCCCCCCCAACACACUUAUGCGUUGGACACUCAACAAAGCAAGUGGAUAGUGUCUAGUGCCUUUUGUGUUUUUGAUAAAACACUCGGAAGUUAAUCCCGUCGAAUUUCGUCGACGGAGUGUCGGAAAAGAGUCGGACAAAAUGCCGCCAACCGACGGGCAAGUGGUCGUGUCGACGCCGCCCAACAACAACAGCAGCAGCAGCAGCGCCAACCACAGCGGCAUCGGUGGCGACUCGAACGCCGCUUCGGCCGCCAACUCGGCCCUCUCGGUCCCGUUCAGCUGCAACUUUUGCCAGCGCUCCUUUCCGCGCUUAUCCCUCCUCAAGAAACACGAACAGGCGCACAGCGACGAAAUGCCGUUCCGCUGCGACUUCUGUCUGCGACUCUUCAAGCACAAGAGGUCCAGGGACCGUCACGUCAAACUCCACACGGGCGACAAAAAGUACCGCUGCCAACACUGCGAGGCCGCCUUCUCACGCAGCGACCAUCUGAAAAUCCACGUCAAGACGCACGACACUCGCAAGCCGUUCCAGUGCAGCGUCUGCCAACGCGGGUACAGCACGGCGGCCGCUUUAACGUCGCACAUGCUCAACCACCGACGCGAGUCCGGCUCCCGCUGCGGAUCACUUUGCUCAUCCAGUUCCAGCGUCUCGUCCAUUUCGGUCGCUUCCACCACCUUCUCGUCAACGAUGGCCACGCCGGCCCACGGACGCAGCCUCUCCUCAAACGCUUCGACACCUUGCCCGGCCUCCCUGCCGUCCUCGUCGCCCGUCUCACCUCCGCCGACGCCGACCAACGACGCCCCAGUUGUCCAAAUGAUGGGCCAGACGACGGCCAUCGACAAACAGCAGCCGCCGCCGUCAUCUGUCACUCCGCCCAUAGAACCGCCCAACAGUCCGUCAAGUCCGCCCAUUUCGCAAUUCCAGAACAAUCCAUCGAAAACGGAAGUGGUGGAUAAGUCGACUGUAAUCCGACCGGCUUUGGAACCGCAAACGGCGCUGCUGAAAUCGGACACGGACGGCAAUAAUAAGGAGGGCAGCCCAAAUGAGACCCAGGCCGCCAAAGUUUUACCUAUCGCCCUCCAGUGCCCGUACUGCGCCAAAGAAUCCUUCACCUCAUUGGCCGCCCUCAGCCUCCACGUCCAAACUCUUCACGGACCCUUGAGUCGCGGUGUUGGCCACAAUGGCGUCACUGAUCCGGUACAGCAGCAGCACGGACUCCUUUACGCCUGUCAAUUGUGCACCUUGCGCUUCGGCAACCUGCCGGCCUUGCAGCAACACACCUUGUCGGCCCAUAGCCUGGCCGAUGUUCUCCGACUCUACUGUCCAGCCCCGCCGGGCAAAAUCGGCCAGCCCAUCGAGCAGCCGGACUCGCAGAACUUCCCGACCGAUCUGAGUUGCCCCAAGAAGCGGAACGAAGCGGAAGAGGAAGGCCGAUACUCUUGCCCGCAAUGCCCGUCUGAAUUCAAGCAGUCCGAGUCCGAAGCUUUCCAGGCUCACUUGGCCGGGCAUUUCGUGUCCAGCUGGAACGAGUACGGUUGCUCGUCGUGCGUCAAGAGCUUCCCGACGCCCGACGAACUCCAGAAACACUUGCUGGACAUGCACGCCCAUCAUCUCUACCGCUGCGCCCUGUGCAAGGAAACGUUCGACUCGAAAGUUUCGAUCCAAGUUCACCUGGCCGUCCAGCACAGUAGCGAGUCGAAACUCUUCCGCUGUACCGGUUGCUCCGCCACCGAUGAAGCUUCUUCCGUCUUCCGCACCGAGGAAGAAUUCAACACCCACGUCGCCGUUGCCCACACUUCGAAAAUCCUGCCCGUCAAACAACAACAACAACCCGUGGCCCUGCUCAAGUGUCCGUUCUGCCCGCAAUCCUUCCCCGUCGAAUUUCUGCUGGAACGUCACAUUCACCUCAACCACCAAGACCACAAAGUCCCGUUGGCCGUCACACCCAACGAACGCCCAGUCCCAGUUCCAGCCACUAAAAUGGAGAAGACGGAAAAGGUGGACAGCAGUUCGGCGGCCUCGACGGUGCUCAACUUGAGCCUCCAUUGCGCAUAUUGCGGCGAAACGUGCAAGUCGCGAUCUGAGCUGGAAUCUCACAUGAAGAGCGCCCACCAUCCGCCGGGCAGCACCGUCCCAUCCAGCGCCAAUCUCCUGCUGUCGCCGGCCGGAAACGGACGGAUCAAGUGCAACAUUUGCGACGAAGUCUUCCCGUCGGCUUCCGUCCUGGCCGAACACAAAUUGUCGCACUGCAAAGUGUCGGGCGCGGCUGUUUGCGCCCAGUGCCGCAUCCCCCUGCCCACCGAGGAGGCGUAUUACGCUCACCUGCAAGCCCCGCCCCACGGUCCCAGCGCCACGCCUCCUCUGACCUGUCUAGUUUGCCGGCAGACGCUCAACCUUCCGCUGGAAGUCGGCCUUCACGCCCGCUUCCACACCGCUUCACACGUCCGUCCGGCCGGCCCUGCCCAACCCGAGCCGUCUCUCUAUCCGUGCUCCUUCUGCCAGCGCCAUCUCGAGUCGGCCAAUCUCAUCGCCAACGGGAUGGCCCUCAACGGCCAGCAGACUUACAUCUGCAAAGACUGUCUCCACGUCCACAAUCAAAUGAUGGUCCACCAGCAGCAGACGGCCCUCUUCCCGGCUCUGCCUCAGCCGGUAGCCGCCGCCAGGAGCUACCAGUGCAUCAAGUGUCAGGAGAUCUUCGCCAGCGAGGCCGAGAUCCAGUCUCACGUGGCCAGCCAUUUGGUGUCGGAGGGAUGCCUGCACCCGUGCCGCCUCUGCGCCCGCCAAUUCGACACGCCCCUCAAACUCCAGGCCCACCUGAUCGAACACACUUUCGCCGGGUGUCCGGCCUUCGCCUGCUACCUGUGCGGAUGCCUCUUCACGGCCGCCGUCAACCUCCAGCGUCACAUGUUCGAGCAGCACGGCGGCGCUGCCGGACUCCGACCCUACGACUGUUCACGCUGCCACCUGAAAUUCUUCUUCCGGGCCGAGCUGGACAACCAUUUGCUCAGUCACGUCGAACCGCCGCCACCGCUCACCGGAGAGUCGACGGAACGGUCGCCGCAACCGGAAGGCGAACCCAAAACCGUCCAAGUUUCGGAAGGAUCGACAAGUUUCAACGAGGAAGAAGAAGAAGAGGAGGAGGAAGAAGAAGAGAUGAACGACGAAGACGACAACAUUUCGGUGACGUCAUCUUCGCAUGCCUCGGAAAUCACCUUGUCGGAUGCUCAGAAGGCUGCCAAUGCCGUGCCGGAAGAAAUAUCGGAGGAGAGAAACAGUAAAGAUUCGGAAAUGUCGGACAGUUCCGAUUCGUCUUCCCUGUUUUCCUCGACGUCGUCGACGUCGUCCGCCGUGGCGCGCAAGGAGCUGCUGCCGGAAUUGUCGCCGUCGUCGUCCACCAGUCCGUUCCGCUGCGACCGGUGCGACCAGUCGUUUCCGUGCCUCAGCAACUUGCAGGGCCACGUCCGCAUCCACACGCAGAGCCGCCGGUUCACCUGCCCGGAAGCCAGCUGCGGAAAGGAGUUCGCCCUGCGCCGGAAUCUGCACAUCCACAUGCGCUCGCACACGGGCGACCGGCCCUACUCCUGCCCCGUCUGCCCCAAACGCUUCGCCCGCAAAGAGAACCGCAAAGCCCAUCUCAAAUUGCACAGCGGAGUCAAGCCGUUCUGUUGCCCCGUCUGCGCCAAGACCUUCGCCCGGAAGAGCCACUUGGUCGAACACGGUCGAACCCACUCGUCGGCCGGCGAUCCGUUGCCGCCGCUCAACGGCAGUGCCAAGACCCCUGUCACCGCAUCCGUCGAAACCAACGCGACUGUCGCGGAGGAGUCAGUUGAUAUCAAUUAGCCAAAAACAAACAAACUUAUGAAUGAUUGUAUAUUGGACGCCAUCGGUCGUUUAUGUUAAUUGCUACUAUAUUUACGCUUGUAUGAAGUUUGAUUCUAUUUCUCGUUUUUUUAUUGCUCACUGAUGCGCGCGUGUGUGUUCUUCAAUCCAGAGUUUGAAUAAAUUCCGAUUCGUUAUUCUCA